AUGGAAAUCGCUCAGGAAAAUACUACUACUACACAGGGAUCAGCACCAUCAUCCAGAGAUGAUGAUGAUGAUCAUUGGGUGGAGAAACUGUUUCCUCCUCAUUUCACUUUCCAAAACCUGCUGGAGAACAAAAAACAUACCAGCAGCUCAAUAAAGCCAUGGUCAGCCCACUCCAAAGACAUGGAUGAAACCCAUAAUGGCCACAGAAGGCAGAUCUACCUGACUGCUUUGAAAGAGGUGCAACACAGUCAGAGACUGCGGAAGACGGAGGCCUUGGCCAAGACAAUUAUCAGGCAGGAGCAGUGUGAAGGAGCAACUCCAGAAAAUCAUACCGACCACAAUCCACUUAACAGUGAGAGAGCAGAUGAGAGACUGAACUGCAUUUGGAAUGAGAUGGACAUCACCAAACUACGGACUGGUUUUGCAGAGAUGGAGAGGGACAUACAGCACCUGAAGCAACAGCUCAGAUGUACAGAGGAGCAGCUGAAGGCAGAAAGUGAACAGAAGAGAAGGCUGGAGGAAGAGUUAAGCCUCUCCAGAAAAAAGGCAGCACGCCAGACACUCGUGAUAAAUGAGCUAAAGACAGAAAGCCAAAAAAUGAAUGUUCAGCUACACAAUCUUACUAUACAGGUGAAGGAAAAGGCGGGAGAUGCAGACAGGUGGGGGACAACUUUGAGAAAAGCAAAAGAAGACAUGCAGAAAAUUGAACAGGAGCGCUCCAAUCUCGCAUGGGAACUGGAACGAGUGCAAGCACAGCAGAAGACCGAAGGAGACAGGCUGAAAAAGGCUGCUCGGAUAGAAAAUGAGGCUGCUCUUCUGAGGGUUCAGAGGGAGCUGGAGCAGGCCCAGGUUGAACUGUGUGCGGAGAGGGAGAGUCAUGCACGCAGCCGCGCAGCUCUUGUGCUCUUGCGCAGACACUUCAAUAGCCAAUGA